CGCCGCCCGCCGCCCCUUGUUUGUCUUUAAAGGGAGCCGGCGGCGGCGGUGGUGCGGAGCCUUAGCUGAGCCCGCACGCCCCCUGCCCGCCCGCGGCCAUGGUGCUCACGCUCGGGGAAAGUUGGCCCGUCCUGGUGGGCAAGAGGUUCCUUAGCGUAUCGGCCUCCAAGGAGUGCGGGGGCAGCGGCCACAGCUUCGAAGUGGAGCGCGUGGACGAGUGGCCCUGGGUGUCGGGCACCAUCCGGGCCGUGUCCCACAUAGACGUGACCAAGAAGGACCUGAAGGUAUGUGUGGAAUUUGAUGGAGAAUCAUGGAAGAAGAGAAGAUGGAUAGAAGUAUAUAGUCUUCAAAGGAAGGCAUUUUUAGUAGAACAUAACCUGGUUUUGGCUGAGAGGAAAUCUGCUGAGAUUGUGCAGUGGCCUGCAAUACUAUACAAAUCCCUAUUGGACAAGGCUGGUUUAGGAUCAAUUACUUCUAUUCGUUUUCUUGGAGAAGACCGAAGAGUAUUCAUUUCUAAAGACCUUUUGAAGCCUAUACAGGAUGUAAAUGGUCUUCGACUUUCUCUCAUGGAUCAUCAGAAUAUCAGUAAAGAAUUUCAAGCCUUGAUUGUGAAACAUUUAGAUGAAAGCCAUUUGUUACAAGGUGACAAAAACUUAGUUGGUUCAGAAGUAAAAAUUUAUAGUUUGGAUCCAUCUACCCAGUGGUUUUCAGCAACUGUUGUAAAUGGCAAUCCCACCUCGAAAACACUGGAAGUACGCUGUGAAGAGAUUCCAGCUCUAAAAAUUGUUGAUCCAGCACUGAUUCAUGUUGAAGUUGUACAUGACAACCUUGGGAAUUGUGGAAAAGCUAAAAGAGUGGGUGCUACAAAACGGAAAUCUUCUGAGAACAAAGGAGGCCUGGCAGCAAAGCAGGCGAGAUCCUGCUCUGAGGCAUCUUCCUCCUCGAUUCCAAGUCCUGUGCAGUCUGUUCCCACCACAGUUCUUAGCGAUGUCCUCCCUGGAUGCACUGCAACAACUCCACCUAGUCAGAAUCUCAGACAAAGCACUCCUCCGGCAGCCAAUUCUCCACCUGAUCUUGGUGCAAACUCUCCUCAAGCAGAUGAUACACAGAGUUUACCAGAAGAAUUUUCAUCCUGUCUAAACACAAAGACUGAGACAACGGGAAAGGACACAGAUGCAGAAUCACUUUGUAAGCAGUCAGCUGAAACUGUAACGGAGGACUUAAACAACCCUAGUAAACCCAACAUGAACUAUACCCAAUUGAAGACUCUGAAUUGUCUUCCUUCAACCAAUACACCAAAUUAUAAUGAAAGUGACAAGAAAAACCCAUUAGAAUCCUUAGUCAGAUCCCCUGCUGAUCCUCCUUUGGAGGACUUGACGCCUGUUGCCCAGGAGCCACAGGAAUCUUCCCAGGAAGGCUUAGAGGUGACAGAGACUUCUGAAUUGCAGAAGCAUCUGGACUGUAAACCUUCCACAUCGAAUCUUUGUGCUGCCCCUGCCAGUGAGCCUUUAGUGAAAGCCCCUCUUACUAGCCGGCCCAAUAAUGCUGAGGGAAGGAAUCCUGAAAAAGCUCCUUUCAUAUGUCCUCUCUGGGGACCUUCCAAAGAGACUGCAAGUGUGAGACAUGAAAACGACAGCUGGCAUGCUGGAAGUGGCAGUAAGGUCCAGAAUGUCCCUGCCCGGAAAUCAGUGUUGAUGGACCCAGCCAAGGUCAAGAAGCUGCAGCAGAGUGGUGAGGCCUUUGUACAAGAUGGUGCCUGUGCAGCUAUUACUGCAAACCUGUCCAAGUGCCGGGAGUGCCGACUAGAUAGCUACCGGAAGGACAAGGAUUCUCCUGUCUUCUGUCGAUUUUUUCACUUUAGGAGGUUACAAUUUAAUAAGCAUGGUGUUUUGCGAGUAGAAGGCUUCUUAACUCCAAACAAGUAUGAUAUGGAAGCCAUUGGCCUAUGGUUGCCUUUGGCCAAAAAUGUGGUGGGUACUGAUUUGGACACUGCAAAAUAUAUCCUUGCCAAUAUUGGAGACCACUUCUGCCAAAUGGUGAUAUCAGAGAAGGAGGCGAUGUCAACCAUUGAGCCACACAGACAAGUUGCUUGGAAGCGAGCAGUUCGAGGCGUUCGAGAAAUGUGUGAUGUGUGUGACACUACAAUCUUUAACUUGCAUUGGGUGUGCCCUCGGUGUGGGUUUGGGGUUUGUGUGGAUUGCUUCAGGAUGAAGAAAAAAAAUGUGCAUCAAGGUGGUACAUAUAAGACAUUCGCCUGGAUUAAGUGUGUGAAGAGUCAAAUCCAUGAACCAGAAAACCUCAUGCCCACCCAGAUCAUUCCUGGGAAAGCUUUGUAUGACGUAGGAGAUAUUGUUCACUCUGUAAGAGCAAAAUGGGGAAUAAAGGCAAACUGUCCUUGUUCAAAUCGACAGAUCAAACUCCUCUCGAAGCCAGCCCCAAAGGAGGACACCAGACAGAAUACUUUAGCUGGAGAAAAGCUUAGUAGUCUAGGAGCAGCACUCCAGCGAAAUAGCUGUGUGUUAGACUCAGCAAAUGGAAGCUGUGAUCCUGCUACCAAGCCAAGCUGUGGCACCAAGCCUGUGUGUUCAGUCAGUUCUUCACCUUUAAACUGGCUAGCUGACUUAACCAGUGGAAAUGUGAACAAGGAAAAUAAAGAGAAACCACUCACAAUGCCAACUUUAAAGAAUGAAAACAAAUCUCUCCAGUCUCUUCCCCCCUUGACUAAGCCUCCUACUGUUCUGCACACCUUUAACAGCACAAUAUUAACACCUGUAAGCAACAACAGCUCCGGUUUUCUUCGGAAUCUUCUAAACUCUUCUGGAGGGAAGACUGAAAAUGGCCUCAAGAACACACCAAAAAUCUUGGAUGACAUCUUUGCUUCAUUGGUUCAAAAUAAGACUUCCUGUGACACCCCGAAGAAGCCUCAGGGAUUGGUUAUAAAGCCCAGUAUUCUGGGGUUUGACACUCCUCACUACUGGCUGUGUGAUAACCGCCUGCUGUGUCUACAGGACCCUAACCAUAAGAGUAACUGGAAUGUCUUCAGGGAGUGCUGGAAGCAGGGACAGCCCGUGAUGGUGUCUGGGGUACAUCACAGACUGAAUGCAGAGCUGUGGAAGCCCGACUCCUUCAGGAAGGAGUUUGGAGAGCAGGAAGUCGAUCUAGUCAAUUGUAGAACCAAUGAGAUCAUUACAGGAGCCACAGUGGGAGAUUUCUGGGAUGGAUUUGAAGAUAUCCCAAGUCGCCUGAAAAAUGAUGAUGAACCAAUGGUACUAAAACUGAAGGACUGGCCUCCAGGAGAAGAUUUCAGAGAUAUGAUGCCUUCUCGGUUUGAAGAUUUGAUGACAAACAUCCCAUUGCCUGAAUAUACCAGGAGAGACGGCAAACUGAACUUGGCCUCCAGAUUGCCAAAUUAUUUUGUUCGUCCAGAUCUAGGACCCAAGAUGUAUAAUGCUUAUGGGCUGAUCACUCCAGAAGACAGGAAGUACGGCACAACGAACCUUCACUUGGAUAUAUCUGAUGCAGCAAAUGUCAUGGUCUAUGUGGGCAUCCCUAAGGGACAACUUGACCAAGAAGAUGAAGUCCUUAAAACUAUCCAAGAUGGAGACUGUGAUGAACUAACAAUAAAGCGAUUUAUUGAAGGAAAAGAGAAACCCGGGGCCCUUUGGCACAUUUUUGCUGCCAAAGAUACAGAGAAGAUCCGAUCGUUCCUUAAGAAGGUUUCAGAAGAACAAGGUCAAGAAAACCCUGCUGAUCAUGACCCUAUUCACGACCAAAGCUGGUAUCUGGACCGGCCACUCCGAAAGCGUCUUCACCAAGAGUAUGGAGUUCAGGGUUGGGCCAUCGUACAGUUUCUUGGGGACGUUGUCUUCAUACCAGCAGGUGCCCCACAUCAGGUUCAUAACUUAUACAGCUGCAUCAAAGUGGCAGAAGACUUUGUUUCCCCAGAGCAUGUCAAACACUGCUUCUGGCUCACUCAGGAAUUUCGCUAUUUGUCUCAGACACACACUAACCAUGAAGAUAAGCUACAGGUGAAGAAUGUAAUCUACCACGCAGUGAAAGACGCCGUCGCAAUCCUAAAAGCCAACGAGUGUGGCUUUGGCAAACCUUAAAACUCCAGACCCCUCCCUGGACCCGAACUACUGGCAGCUGUUUGGAAAGACCUUGUGACUUUCUGUGGACUCGGAACUCACAUUACCUCAUCCCCCCCAAGCAGUGCCUCGCUCGAGAAGGUACUUCGUCUCCUGUAUAUUUCCAAGUGUGUAUAUGUAGUGACUCUUCCCCGAACCCUCGGCAUCCAGAACCCGGGACUUCUCGCCUGCUACCGAAUUCUAAACCAAACUGUAAGAAAAUUACCUCUUACUGAGCUCUGGAAACUGUCUCCGCCUGCUCCCGCCUGUUUGUUGAGCGACUGUCAACAUGGAUUUGUAACUGCUGUUAGAAGCAUUAGGGUGGGGGGGGGUAGUGUAGUUUGUCCUUCCAGUCCACAGGGGGAGCCCAGAAUACCAGGCUAAUGCAGUUCUUAAUGCAUUACCAUAAGAUUUGCAUUAGGCAACAGCAAAAAACAAAAAAAUCUACUGUAUAAUUCAUGGGGUUAACCAUCUUUAAGCAAAUGAAAUCUAAUUUAAUUGAGGCUUUGCUAAUUUCUAAGUGUUAAGCAUUUUACAUUAAACAAUAUUCAUUUUAAAUACUUUGUAUUGUCUUCU